UUAAAUCUAUUGCGAAGGCUUCCUGUUUUCAGAACAACAACUCGCACGCAUGGAAACAAACAACGAAGAAGGAAUGAAACGUAAUAUUGCGUCUUGUUUAAAGUAAAAGCAGGAAAGACGGUUGAUCCUAUUUUGUUUUGUUUUUUAAUCGCUGGUUUAAAUAAACGUUAAACGACGUCUGAAUCCACUGACGCUAACGUUAAGUUAGGCAACUACUGUUAGUUUCGGGGGAAACGACCGAGAUGCCGUCCCGUGUGGAAGACUACGAAGUGUUGCACACCAUAGGCUCCGGUUCCUAUGGAAGAUGCCAGAAAAUAAGACGAAACAGUGACGGGAAAAUCCUGGUGUGGAAGGAGCUGGACUAUGGCACCAUGGCAGAGAGUGAGAAGCAGAUGCUGGUGUCAGAGGUGAACCUCCUCAGGGAGCUCAAGCACCCCAACAUUGUGCGCUACUAUGACCGCAUCAUCGACCGCACCAACACCACGCUGUACAUUGUCAUGGAGUACUGCGAAGGCGGGGACCUGGCCAGUCUCAUCAGCCGCUGCAUCAAAGAAAGGCGUUACUUGGAGGAGCAGUUCAUCCUGCGAGUCAUGGCGCAGCUCACCUUGGCCCUGAAGGAGUGUCACCGGCGGAGCGACGGCAGGGCCACGGUUCUUCACCGCGACCUGAAGCCAGCCAACAUCUUCCUCGACAUCAAGCAGAACGUCAAGCUUGGGGACUUUGGCCUGGCAAGGAUUCUGAACCACGACACGAGCUUUGCUAAGACUUUUGUCGGGACGCCGUACUACAUGUCUCCGGAGCAAAUCAACAGGAUGUCAUACAACGAGAAGUCAGACAUCUGGUCUCUGGGGUGCUUGCUUUAUGAGCUUUGUGCAUUGUCGCCUCCGUUCACGGCGUACAACCAGAAGGAGUUGGCAGAGAAGAUCAGGGAGGGGAAGUUCAGGAGAAUCCCCUACCGCUACUCUGAAGAGCUGAACAUCUUACUGGGAAAAAUGCUCAACUUAAAGGACUACCUGAGGCCCUCCGUGGAGUCCAUCCUCCAGAGCAGCUUGUUGAGUGAGAGCGUUGCUGAGGAGCAGAGGAGGGUGCAGGCGCGGGCCCAGAGGAGGUCUGCAGACCCCGACUGUCCCGCUCACAAGCCGGCUGAAAUGGUAACGGUGUCUGUCGCCGAGCUCAGACUCAGAGAGCAGGCGCUGCGGGACAGAGAGCAGACGCUGAAGGAACGCGAGGAGAGACUCGAGAAAAGGGAGCAGGAACUGUGUGCACGUGAGCGACUGACUACUGAGAAGCUCGCACGGGCAGAGAGUUUGCUGAAGAAUUACAGCCGGGCGCAGCAGAAGGACCCGGCACUGGUCUGUGGCAGAGACUUAGAUUCGGAGGAUCUGUCCCCCGGCAAGAAGAAGGUCCACUUUGCAGGUGAAAGCAAGGAGAACCAGCUGCCUGGUGGUCAGCAGGUCGGCCCGUACCAGGAUCUGAUGCUGCGGCGGCUGCACAACGCUCAUCUGCGCGCCCAGAAACUGAGCGAGGUGGAGAAAAUCUGCCAGUUCAAGAGCAGGCAGCUCCUCGGCAUCCGUUGAGGACAAAAAAGGAAACGCUCCAAAUUCUAAACACUGGAUGAACAUUUUGUAAUUUAUAAGAUAUGUAAAUAGUAUUUAAAAGGUGUAUCAUAUGGUCUGUGUUUUAAAAUGAUAGGCAGCUAUUGAGAUCACUAAUGUAUUUUGUAUAUUUUUGUUUGAUUGUGUUUCUAAACACAUUCUAUUUUAGCUAUUAAAAAAAUGUGUUUUGGGAAUAAAGCAUGUAAUUGUCGACUGACUUAAUUUAAAAUUAUCACUUUUAAUUUAAGUGUCCCAGAACAAUCAAAUGUAUUUUCUUAAUGCCUUACUUGCUGAUAAAUCAUUGCUUUGAAGUACUCAUUUGCAUUACAUAUACAAACACCCUUUAAUCAAGAUUUGAUGGUUCCCACAAGGGGUCAUCAGUUUCCUGUGAAAAAUGCAAUCACAGGAUAGAAUAGCGUGUCAGGACUUUGAAGCAAUCAACUGGUUC